AUGGAUAAGUUGGAAACCCCGAGAGGACUUUCGAACCUUCCAAUAGGACAGGAAGUGUUGAUAGAAAAGGUACUAAACGAACAGAAGUACGAACAAGACAAGAGAAGGGGAAAAAAAAAAACAAGAGAAGACAUCCAGGAAAAACUACAUUAUUACCUGAAUGAGAAAUAUGAUUCCUUCAUUGGAUACAACAAUUUCAUGAACACGCUGUUCAAGAAGAAGAAGGUUUUAAGGGUAAGUCAUGGGAGAGACGACAGGAGGAAGAGAAAGGAGGGGCAUCCCCGUCGGGAGGGUUCACGCCACAUGGCAGAAGCGCCAAGUAAUGAGAACGCCCCUAAAGUGAAGUGCUGCGGCGAGUCCGAUUCGAGUGAUGGGGGCAGAGGCGGUAGACCACGCACCGAUAGGCGAAGUGGUGACAGACGGGUUGUCCACCCACGUGACGCACAUGUAAAGGAUGAGGACGAAGAAAUCCCCCUGCAGCGCGACCAAAGGGGGGAGAACAACAACAACAAGUCAGGAUGUUCCAAAGCGUUUAAGAGGUCCUCCUCCCCGCAGAGAUGCACCUGCGACUGCCACCAGUGUAGCUCUUCGUUAGGGGCAAUCGAUCCGAGUGACCGGGUAGACAACAUAUCAGACGAGCGGGUAGAUGACGUAUCAGACGAGCAGGUAGAUGUCGUGUCGAGCUACUCGUCUGCGUCCCCCGCCCACUGCUCAGACGUGAGCGACAUUUCCAACCUCUCCCCAGACGCAUUCUGCUUCGAAAAACAAUUCAAGUAUAUAUAUGACCUGUACAAGCAGAAUGACAAAAAUGUGUAUUUAUUUUACAACCCUCCUGUGUGUAAGUGCGUUAAUAAACCGUUGAAGGAGAAGUACUAUCGGAGCUUGAGCCGGAAGUACCCUUGCCUGUUCAAUUGUACGUUCGAAGGGGAGGAGGGUGGGGGAAAGACCAACAGAGGAGAAGCACCUCACACGGGGGAAGAAACCCAAAGGGGAAAGGAAUACCAAACAAAGGAGGAACCCCCCACGGGGGAAGAAUCAAACGAUAUGAAGAGACUGACAUACGCCGAGGUAGCGUCGGACGCAGUGGAAAUGAAACUCUACGCAAAGGCCUUUUUCGAGUUAUUUCUUCUACAGGGGGGAGCUAAUAACCGUAACGAGCUAGCUGCCGAUAUGACGCAACCGGGGAAGGCCCUCCUUGGCGAAGAAGAAAGAGACAUGCUUAAAAGAUUCUUCAAUAAAUGUCUGCGUAGAAUAAUGAGGAGGAAAUCGCCAACCUGCGAAAACAGCUCCUGCUGCGGGCUCCUCUACGUACCUUACAGUUACAUCGUGGUUCUAUUAAAUAGAAAGGUGGAAAAUUUGAGUUACCUCUGUAGUAAUUUAAAGCUGCCUUCCAGCACCGACAUGUACUACAACAACAAGAGGAACAUUGUAACCAUUUGUACAAAGAACUCCGUACAUGAGUUCUUCUGUUACUACUCUCUGAGGGAAAACCCCUACAUAAAAAAUAUACUUCUAUAUGACAUUUUUUUCGAUGGGUUUAUUCCCUUCUUUAAGCCGCUGCUGAAUUUGAAGGUGAAAAAAAACUUGGACAAGGUGAUGAACUACGUGAGCUACAACAAGGGGUGCAACCUCUCCGUCGUGUUCUUCUGGUCAGGUGGAAGCGGAGCAGGUGGAAGGGAAGAAGGUGUUGUGGAACACGAGGAGGAGUCCACCUCGGAGAGCAGCACCACCAGCAACGACAACGACAAUGACAAUGACAAUAGUGAUAACGAAGCGAGCAAGGCGAUGCACCUGCGUGUGUGCAAAGUUAUAAACAUUAACCACCCAAAUGAAUACAAAGGGAUGAGAAGUGGACACCAGAAGAAGGACAAAGUGAGUGCAGACCAACAGUACUUUGCAAACCUCUGCAACGGAAGUGAAGUCAUAAAUAACAUAAAUAUUAACAUGGUCGUGGAAAAAAUUGUAGAAAUAGCUAGUCGGAAGGAGAGUAGUCUCUGUGAGGAGAAUUGCAUCUUCAACAGACGCAACAAAAUGUAUGGAAAAAAAAAAAACAUUCAAAUUUACCUGUGUGAGUCUAUUAACUCUUUCGCCUUCGAUAGAAGACCGCUUUUUAUUAAACGGAGGGAAGUAACUUUCUCCUCCUUUGUGCAUUUUCAGAAUAUUGUUAAGACGUACUUGGGUGGUAGUAGGAACAGCUUGGAUGCUUUAAUUGGGCGGCGUAUGGAGGAGGACGUGUUUGACAUGGGGGUGAGGAAGAGGAAUUUCCUCUCUAGUUGCCACGUGGAAGAUGAAAACGUUGCAGGGGGGACGACUGACGUGUUGGUGGACGGCGAGAGGAGUAACGUAGACCUAGACCACCUGUUCAACGAAACGCUCUUCUUCUUUAACGAUAAUUCGGAUUUAUACACAUAUGAGGAAUACAAAAGGGGUAGGCUUCAAAGCGUGGGAAGAGGAGGAGACCAGGACAACAAACCCUCUGCAGAGCAACAACACAACGCAGCAGGGAGGAUGUGGAUGGCGAGAAGCGCUGCACAUGCUGAAAGGGAAAACCUUUGGGACUCCCUAUGUACCAAAUAUGCGCAGAACUUAUUUAAUAUAUAUGUUUGCUCCUUCUUAACCAAACAGAACAGCUGCAAAAUGGUUGCAUCCUCUAUCGGGGCGGGGGGGGAAAAAAAAGGAUGUAAAGUAGAUAAAAUGUCCUACCAGGAAAGGAUUAGCUUCAUUAAAGAAUGCUACUUCCACCUGUUUCGCUUUUACAAAGAAAAGUUCCGGGUCUCCCUGAAGAAGGAAGAAGAGGACAUACUGCACAGGAAUAACUGGGCCAGCGAGGAUUCGCUCAUCUCCCUCGGGGCGGACAGUACUAUGCCCAGGUGA